AGCACAUUCAUCCCAUCGUUGACGGCCUCCCUCUUACUACGCCCUACCCCUUCAAUUAGUACAGAUUUGCGUCGCGUAACGUUGGACUUGGCCGCCCACAGCAUCGAUCGCUACCUUAAGGGACACAUCAAAUCUGACACGUUGACUAAUGCCAGUCAAUCACGGCGCUCUAUUUAUUGCCCGACCCUUCAUUCGGCUGUGGCGCGGACUCGCCAGCUGAACAAUCCCCAUUUGAUUCCGCCAUCUCUUCAGUCCAAGUUAUCGGCUCUCGGAACUCCCGGUCCAAGACUCCCUCCAGCCAUGCGAGGCGUAAACCUGUCCAGCUGAGGCGGUAACUUCCAGGAGAAUCCCCUUCCUUUUUGCGUUUUUGGACCACGUCCCUCCCAACACUCAAGCUGAGGCACUGUAUGCCAACCUGCCUCGAGAAAAUGGCUCGGGAAAAGGCGACGCUAGUCAAUUAUUCAUGUCUGUCUGACUGGAUACUUUCGAUGUCUCCAGCUGUGUGAACACGAAUCUGUCACCUUCAAAUUUGGCCAGCCAGCCGGCUGGUUCAGCCAGGGUUUGACUAAAUACUCCGCUUGGCAUCUGUGCUUAGCGAGGGAGGGGAACCGAUUUGACGUAGUCGCGAUACGAACAAGGCUUUCAGGGAUCUAUCUCAGAUCUCUUCCGCUGACACUAGCCCCGUCCGACCCACCUGCCGAUCGGAAUGACGGGGGUCCAUCUUGACAUCCAGACUGUCGGCUGCCCAGUUAUCCAGCUGUGACUUCUAAGUCGGAGUGUUUUACAGAAAGACUCGAUGGCAUGCGAGACCACCAUAGGUACAUAUACUACCGACGAGCUUGGUAUAAGGUAGGUCCCGGUCGCACUGCUUUGAUCUCUCUCGCCUGUCCAUACGGCAAAUACUUCAUUUUCCCAUCAUGUCAUUUCCACUCUUCAAUCCCUCUUCCGGCAUCUUCCCCUCUGUUGAGAUACACUUGCUCAAUAUCCUACUUCCCUGUCUACUCUUCUGCAUACUGUGGUUCAUCCGACGGCACAAGAACCGACGGCGCGCGCACGCAUGCUCAGACACGGAGAGCGCCAUCUCAGACCCCAGCUCGAAAGUUUCAGGCGCGGACUUCCUAAAUUUUGAAAAGCGCAUCGACCCACGUGUCCACGAUCCACGAAAUGGGUAUCAUGAGGACUCGCCUUCCUACUACAACACAAAAAUAAUUCUCGACCUGACACCCUCAUUACACAGCGCACAUAUGGCCGCCAAGACAUUCCCAGAUGAGGGCAGAUGGCAUCUCCCAGACACCGCCGCACCGUCACCAUCACAUCACGAUGCACCUAGAUCCCAACAAAGUCCAUAUCCAUACCACUACGAAUCUUCGUCUUUUCGUGGUCCUUCUAGAAGAGCUUCAUAUCCACAACAAGGCGGUCACAAUUCCAAACCUCAGACUCGGCAUGGACUAUUAGGACGCCACUCUCGAAUGGACGAGAUCCAAUACUUUCACGAUGCCAGUGAUCACCAUCAUCCCGAUGUGGUUUGGAAAAGACGGACAUUGACGUUUCUCACUUGAGAUGAACACUAUGAUAUGAAUUGAAUUUGAAUUGAAUUAUUGCCUACACAACCCUGUAUUUUUCCGGGGUGGGAGCAUGUGUUUUGUUGUAAUAAUGCAAACUACGUAAGGGUGCUCGAUACCUACGUAUAUCGUCUCGGGCGAAUGGAAUAUGAGAGUUGAUAUAAAUAUAUUGUUUGCGGUGCCGCUGCCGGAUCCGGCAUAAGGUACAUACUGUAGAUACCUCCCGUUACCAGUGACUGCACUGUCUGAACAUGCUGAUAGCAUAACAAGUACCA